UUCAUUCAUUACUUCAUAGCCAGUCAGUUCACACCGAUCUGCGUACGCGUAUAGUAUUCUUGUUAUUUUAACACAUAGCAACAAAUGGUGUGUGGUCUUAAGUUUGGUAAUUGAUUAUCAAUUCUUGAAGGAUUAACUAACCAUUCGUGAUGAUUAUGGACACUUUGGACACAGUUUUGACGCCGUUCGGCCUUGGUGCCGACUUAGGAGUACCUAGCUUCAGUUAUGAUCUCCCAUCACAGGGAAACAAUAAUAGACAUUUUUCGGAAGUCUUAGAGGAUCAGGGAUUAAACACGCCUGUGACAAAAUAUUCCGAUGCCACAUUUUUCGGACCGGAUUCUCUGGAGCCACCACCUAUCACGGCAACUGGUAUGUUUACAAAGCUUUUUUUAAUAAAACAGUUUGAAUAUUUCCGAUAGUAAUUUAUUUGGGGCAAAUCGACAUAACUCAGCCAUCCGGUCUCCAGCAGCUGUUAGCGCAAUGACGUCAAAGGCUGUUCCCAUAACGGGAUACUGUUCUAAAUAUAGAACGGGCUUAAGCUUUUCUUUUUUUUUUUUUUUGGUUCAACCUCUGUUACUUGCGUUUGUUACCAAGAAACCGAAACCACGCCAGCUAUUAGAUAAACUUUAACAUUUUACGCAACGAAUGUUUUAAUAUAUUCUAUAAACGUCAAAGGCUGUUCCCAUAACGGGAUACUGUUCUAAAUAUAGAACGGGCUUAAGCUUUUCUUUUUUUUUUUUUUUUUGGUUCAACCUCUGUUACUUGCGUUUGUUACCAAGAAACCGAAACCACGCCAGCUAUUAGAUAAACUUUAACAUUUUACGCAACGAAUGUUUUAAUAUAUUCUAUACUUAAGACUUUGUUGUUAUUUGUAUUAAAAUAUUAGCCUCAAUAUCGAGAUCUCCACCACCGAAAAGGGCAAUAAAUAUUCAUGACCUCCAACUGUGUCAGUCGUCACUAAGAUGCGGUGAUUUGGUUGUUAUGUUACCCAUAACAUAAUAACAAUUUUUAAUGAAACGUACACAAACUCCUGUAUAUUAUUGAGAAGAAUCCAUUUGAAUAAAACACACACAUUUCUAACAAUGAAAACUAUUCUUUGACUUAAAAUUAUAAUUUUUUUUUUCUUUUUCUUUUAUUUUCAGCAAACAUUAUUGCCUCCAUUAACUUUCCAGACCGGCCAGCCGAUGGAAGCCAAGCAUCAAGAAUGCAGUCUAUGCAGUCCAGUAAUGUGUCUACCACACACACCAUCACAUACAAGGGUACACUUGUUACAACAGCUGUCACUUCAAGCUCAGGCCAAGCAGAUGCACCCCCAGCUAACUUAGCCAACCUGUUCAACCCUCUCAACCCAUUGUUCGCUAUUUUGUCCCAAGCAAGAUCCCAGCCAACUAACUUGAACCAGUCUCCUAAUCCGUUUGGACCUCAAUAUGAAUUCAACAUUAGGAUUCCACCCACAUCUAGUGAGCAGAUGGGACAACAACAACAACAACCGUCUCAAUCUCCCAUUUCAGUCCAGUCUCCUCAAUCACAAGGACCAAUCAUUUCAUCAGAAUCUGCUUAUCAAGAUGUUUCUGAUCAUUACUCAUCAGGAUUUGCUUCACCCAUCAGCUCAUGCCAUUCCAGCCCAGAGCCUGAUGCUCAGCUUUCAAUGGUCACAGAAUCUAGUCAAGAUGAGAGUUUUCCUCCUCAUCCUCCUCCAUCUUACCCUCAGUCCCUGAACAUGGACAUUGGUUUAUCUGCCAUCCCUAUGAAACAGCCUCCGAAUUACAACAGCUCCUGCCAACAGCAGCAAGAUUUACCACCUCAUUUUUUAAACUAUCCAGCAACAUCUCUUGCAGAUAAUGUUUUUCAAAUGCCAUCAAUGUCAGACUUAGUGAACAAAAGCCAAAAGUGGUCUGUCAUGCAACCUUCCACAGUGGGACCAUCCCAGACUCAGUUGCCUGACUUUGGAGCACUGCAGAUGGCAUCUACAGGAAUGACAUCAGCAUUUCAAAUGCCCACCAUCAAGACUGAACCAGAUUCUGAAACAUUGGAUGACCAAAUGUAUAACAUGGACUUCUCAUCCGAUGUUUCAGAAACAUCUGCAUCUUCGGUUAUUGGUCAAACCUAUGCCCAGGGGUCGCUCAAAUUCCUUCCAGUGAAGCCAAGAAAAUAUCCCAACCGUCCCAGCAAGACACCUCCUCAUGAGCGACCUUAUCCUUGUCCAGUGGAUAAUUGUGACCGUAGAUUUUCUAGGAGUGAUGAACUGACAAGGCACAUUCGUAUACACACAGGACAAAAACCAUUUCCUUGCCCCAUCUGUGGGCGCUCAUUUAGUCGCAGUGAUCACCUCACAACUCAUAAGCGAACCCACACCGGGGAAAAACCUUUCUCUUGUGAAGUCUGUGGUCGCAAGUUCGCCAGAAGUGAUGAGAAGAAACGACACGCCAAGGUGCACCUGAAGCAGCGACACAAGAAGGAUGCUAAACUGGCAACCAGCACUUCAUCUCUUCUCACCUCACAGGCAACAUCAUCUUGUAGCAACCUUGAUCCAUUGGACAGUAUUGUCAGCACAAUUCCAUUGGUUGUGAGUUCACCGUCUUUUGUGGACUGCCCAACAACAACAUCUUUAUGACUGUUAUAGCCUUUUAAAGACAUGUACUUUGGUGCUAGUUAAGUAUUAACAGGUGUGAAUUGAAAUCUGACAAUGAAGCAUCUUUGAAAUAAUGGCAAGAAAAAGACCUUAAAUCCCUUUAUUCAAGUUUAUUGUUUUAUUAUUUUUAUUUUAGAAAAUCAAUUUUUUUUCCCGGUCAUUGUAAGUGAAGGAACAAUCAAAGGAACAAUCAAAUCAUAGGAACUUAAAAACUUUGAUCCUGCAUUUAAUGAUUUCUUUGAUUCUGUCUCUUUGGUUUUGUCAAACAUCCAGGUAUUUCUUUGGGAGGAAAAACUUGAGUAAAAAAAAAAAUUAAUUCUUCCUUUGUUUUUGUUGAAAUGUUGCUUUUCUGAUGAACAUUAUCUGUGAUCAAAUAAUUCCUCUUACAUUUCCCACUGGCUUUUUAAAUCAAUGGCUUACUAAUGUCUGUUUUAUUGUACAUUUGUGAAUGUGAUUCCGUGUAAGUUUCUUUCUUUCCUUGAAAACAAAUGAAAGGCAAUGAGUUAUUGAAUAAUUAAACUUGUUUUCAAAUGGAGUAAUUGAUUAACUUUUUUUCAUGAAUCUUUGGUCAAUCUUUUUUUUUGUUGUUAAAUUUUAUUUGUUGAUCUCUUAAUGAUUACCCCCACUGGCAGACGGUGAACUCUUACAUUUUUUUUGUAAGGCAGCAUUAAGUACCUAAACUGCUAACUUUGAUCAGUCAGUAAUGGCGUAUCAAAUCUUUCAAUGUUGUUUUUCUGUUAUUCAGUUGUCAAGUGCCAUACUUUGGUUAUUUUGUGUUCAUAGCAGUAAGCCAAACACUGUACCGGCACCGGUACAAAGCUUUCAUUGAUUAUGUUCAGCACUGUACAUCACAAAGCUUUCAUUGAUUAUGUUCAAGUGUUAUUUAAAUGGUGUUUUAUUCAUUCUUAGCAUGUGAUAGAUUGUAUUUAAAUGUAAUUUUUCUUUUCUUAAGUUCCGCUGGAUGGUUCUUUUGUUUAUAUACACAUGUACAUACAUAUUCACUUUUGUCCCUGUGGUUUGAAUGUGAUGCUUUCAUUCAUUAACCUCCAGUUUUUAUUGAAAUUUCUCUAUUUUUAUACAUGGUAUUUUUCUUUUGAAUCAAAAAUGUUUGAUAAUAUAAAUAUUUAUAUAUUUAGUCAAUGCUUAUGAUUUAUAGUCCUCUCAAUGCAUUUGUCAAAAUACUAUUGUAACACAAAUUUCACUACAAGUUGUAGUCAUUAUUGUCAACUAUUAUUUUAUUUUCCCAACUUCAGCAUUUUCUCAGAGCAUGAUUUAUUUAAAGGCAAUUUAAAGAGAAAUUAGUUCAAAUUUAGCAUAAUGUUUAUUUAUUUAUUCCAAAAUCUUUGUUGUUGGUUAAAUUUAUUUGAUAUGCUCAAAUUCAAUUUUAGUAAAAAAAAAAAGCCUUUGAAUAUUUCAUGCUGGUUAAUAUUAUAUGUCGACACCGUGUGAAAGUAUGCGUUGUUGGACGUAACAAGCACAACUUGUACACAAACGCCAUUGUCGCUGGGGUCUUGCAUUGGGAAGAAAUGUGAACCUGCAGUCUAUGGUUUUAAAUUUGUUGAAAAAAAAUAUCUUCAGUUAUAGAAGAGUAAAACCUUCUAUGAAACAAAAAUUAUAUUAAUUUGUUUAUGCUCCUGUUUUGUUGAACUUUAAAAAAAAAAAUCCUCUUUGUUCUUGCUGGCUGAGAAAAAGACUAUGUCUAUAUUUUAUGAAGAGUAUGGCAUACUGCCAACAAUUCAAAAAUAUACCAAAUAAAUAAUCGAACAAAUU